AUGCUCGUUUCCUGCUGCCCUUCCAUCCGUGGUCGCUUCUCCUCGUACCCUCACUCACACUCACUCAUCCUCCUCCCCUCGUCCCCCCGCUGUGUGAACGGCAGAGCUACUAACCGGCGUCAGGUGGCCAUUCGCCAUUUCACAUCCGCCCUUGCACUGGACCCUUUCUUCUGGUCUGCAUACGAGGAGCUUUGCAUCCUUGGAGCGGAAGCAGAGGCGUCACAGGCAUUCAACGAAACCGCUGCCCUGCACAUGGAGCAGCAGCAGCAGCAGCAGCAGCAACAGAGGGUCCAACACGAAGUGUCAUCCCAGCAGCAGCAGCAGCCACAGCAAUAUUCUCAGCAGCAGCAGCAGCAGCAGCAGUCAGGACAGGGUCACGAGCAAGUGCAAGAGGGGAUGGCACCACCGCAGCAGCAACCGGCACAGCAAGGGUUGAAUGCGGCUUCAAACUAUGUGACACCUCCUGAGGCAGUGGUGAGCACGUGGAAGGACACAGCCUCGCCGCGCACCCCUGCAGGACCUGUGGCGCCGGCUGUGAGUGCUGCCACGCGCAUGGCACACCGGCGCAAGAUGGUGGACGAAAACAGACUGCGGAACGUGGCUGGUCGCCUGUUUGCUGAGCCCAGCACCUUACGCCGCAGCACUCGGCUAGCAGAGGGCGGGGCAGGUGGAGGUGCUGCUGCUGGUGCCGCUGCUGGAUCAACUUCGACUGCACGGGGGAGCACCGGGGUCGGAGGAGGCGGAGGGGGAGGGACGAGUAGGAGCUCUGCUGCUCGUCGGACGACGGACGGGUCUAGUCCAGCAAUGCCUUCUUUGGAUCUGGGGAAUGACGCUGCACCUCCUUCCAGUGCUGCUGCAGCUGCUGCUGCUGGUGGGGGAGGAGGAGGAGGAGGCAGGGCGUCUACAGCAUCAGGUGGGUCUGCCAGUGCUGGUGAUACGUCUGAGCUUCCCGGAGCAACGCCGCAGGAUUGGGAGCCGAAGCAAGUGGCCCGGGAAGAGGACAGGGAGGCUCGGCAGCGGCAGCAGCCUGGGAGAGAAAAGGCGGGAGGGGGAAGCCUUGCCUCCAAUGGUGGGGCUUCAUCUGCUGAUAGUGCUGCAGGAGGGAUGGGGGGAGGGGGAGCAGGAGGAGGCGAGGAGGUGGAAGGGAGAGGAGCGUUGGGACGAGGGAGCAGCGGCGCAGAGGGAGGGGGGAGAGAGGGGGAAGGAGGGGAUGAGGUGGAGAGUGGGCAAGGGGGGGCGAAGAGUGGCGGGGGAGUGGGGUAUGGGGAGGCAGGGGAGGAUGGGAGUGUAGGGGGAGGGGCAGGAAAGGGAGGGGAGAGUGGAGCGUUGCUAGCAGUGCGGCUGCUGAAGCAAGUGGGACGAGCUUUCCUGCUGCUCUGCAUGAUGCGAUGCCAGCGUGUGUCUGCUUUUCCCACUGUUAUCGAGACGCAGGAAUUGUGUGACCCAGCACCACUCACCCUGCUCUCCUCCCGCCUCUGCCCCUUCUCCCUGCUGCUCUCCCAUCACGAUCUCCUUCCCGUCCCCCUUGUGCUGCCCGUUCGCCCCACCCUUUCCCUGUCAUGGUGUCUUGUGGGUCGGGCAUACGUGGACAUGGUGCAGUAUGGAGAGGCGGAGAGGGUGUUUGAGAUGGCACGCCAGGCCAGCCCGUACCAUGUGGACGGCCUUGACAUCUACUCCACUGUGCUCUUUCACAUGCGCAAGGACGUGCAGUUAAGCCUGCUGGCUCAAGAGGCGAUAGCCGUGGACCGUAUGGCUCCCCAGGCAUGGUGUGUGAGUGGCAACCUCAUGAGUCUCACCAAGCAGCACGAGGCAGCACUCAAGUUCUUCCGAAGAGCCACGCAGCUGGAUCCCUCCUUCACAUACGCCCACACCCUCUGCGGCCACGAGUAUGCAGCAAUGGAGGAGCUGGAGGAUGCUGCGCUCUGCUUCCGCACGGCCAUUCGCCUCGAUGCCCGCCAUUACAACGCAUGGUACGGCCUGGGGUCAGUGCUGAUGAGGCAGGAGCGGUUCCAUCUGGCAGAGUACCACUUCCGCACCGCACUCACUGUCAACCCCCACUCGUCCGUGCUGCAUACCUACCUUGGCGUCUGCCUGCACUCCCUCAAGAGGAGCAGCGACGCCCAUGCAUCGCUGCAGCAUGCGAUGCGGCUGGACCCGCGCAACCCGCUGCCAGUGUUCCAGCACGCGUACAUGCUGCUGGGGGACGAGCGGCUGGGGGAUGCGCUGCACGCUGCCAAGCAGCUGCUGCACGUGGCAGCCAGAGAGCCCUCCGUCUACUUCCUCCUUGGCAAGAUAUGCAAGAAGCUGGAUAGGCCAGAGGAGGCGCUGAUGCACCUCAACUGUGCGCUGGACUUGAAGCCACCCGCACAGCAAGUCAACCUCAUUAAGGCCUUUAUAGAGAAGCUUAAUGUGCCAGACAACCUGGAAGACGUUGAGGAGGAGGAAAGCAUGUAA